CUUCCUCUUGAAUCUAGGGAGGCAGGGCUUGUUUUCUCCUCUCAGAGCAGAGCCUGGCAUCUCCCCAUGAACAGAGCAGGCUCCUGAGGUCUCCAGGAUGCCUAACCCAGCCUCCUGGCCCCACCCUCCUGGUCCUCUCCGGCUGCUGACUUUACUGCUGGGACUCACAGGAGUGGCAGGUGAGGAGGAGCUGCAGGUGAUUCAGCCUGAGAAAUCCGUGUCGGUCACAGCUGGAGAGACGGCCACUCUGCACUGCGCUAUGACCUCCCUGGUCCCUGUGGGGCCCAUCCAGUGGUUCAGAGGAGCUGGACCAGGCCGGGAAUUAAUCUAUAAUCAAAAAGAAGGCCAAUUACCCCGGGUAACAGCUGUUCUAGACCAGACAAAGAGAAACAACAUGGACCAUUCCAUCCACAUCAGUAACAUCACCCCAGCAGACGCCGGCACCUACUACUGUGUGAAGUUCCGGAAAGCGAGCCCUAUUGACGUGGAGUUGAAGUCUGGACCAGGCACUGAGCUGUCUGUGCGGGCCAAACCCUCUGCCCCCGUGGUGUCAGGCCCUGCGACGAGGGUCACACCUGAGGACACAGUGAGCUUCACCUGCAAGUCCCACGGCUUCUCCCCCAGAGACAUCACCCUGAAAUGGUUCAAAAAUGCAAAUGAGCUCUCAGCCCUUCAGACCACCGUGGACCCCGCAGGAGACAGCGUGUCCUACAGCAUCCGCAGCACAACCAGGGUGGGACUGACCCGUGGGGACAUUCGCUCUCAGGUCAUCUGCGAGGUGGCCCACGUCACCUUGCAGGGAGACCCUCUUCGUGGGACUGCCAACUUGUCUGAGGCCAUCCGAGUUCCACCCACCUUGGAGGUUACUCAACAGCCCAUGAGGGCAGAGAACCAGGUGAACGUCACCUGCCAGGUGAAGAAGUUCUACCCCCAGAGCCUACAGCUGACCUGGUUGGAGAACGGAAACGUGUCCCAGAAAGAAUCAGCUUCAACCCUCAUAGAGAACAAGGAUGGCACCUACAACUGGGCAAGCUGGAUCCUGGUGAACACCUGUGUCCACAGGGAUGGUGUGGUGCUCACCUGCCAAGUGGAGCAUGAUGGGCAGCCGGCGGUCAGCAAAAGCCUUCGCCUGGAAGUCUCAGCCCACAGGAAGGAGCAAGGCUCAGAUGUUACCCAUGGCCCAGCACUGGCUCCUACUGCUCCACUCCUUGUAGCUCUCCUCCUGGUCCCCAAGGUACUACUGGUGGUUGGUGUCUUUGCCAUCUACAUCUGCUGGAAACAGAAGGCCUGACUUUCCUUCACUCCUUCCCUGCCAUGUGAGACCCUCAGUAUCUACUGCCUCCUUCCUUUCUUGAGAGGCUCAGCCUGAGAGAAGGAGCUGGUGAGAAGAUUCCCCAGACUGAGCUCCAAAUGCGUCCUUUCCCAGGACAU